CCCAGUCCUGUGGGAAGCAGGAGUCUGAGGUCUGGCUGGCAGUAGGACUGCUGAAGGUCCUGUUCGGAAUCCCUUAAGGCUGUAUCCGGAGCCCGUGCGGGGUUUUUAGCUCUAUCCGUUGCUUGAGGAACCUAACGUUUGUGGCUAAGACUGUGGUAAUUACAGAAUUAGGAAAUAUUGCUUCACAGAAAGGUUUGCCAAGCACUGGAAUAGGCUGCCCAAGGAAGUGGAAGAGUCACCAUUUCUGGAGAUGUCCAAGUCUUCAGCAGCAUCAAAAAUGUCAUCUCAGGAGGAAAUACUAAGCGAUGGGCGGUUUAGCCGCGUUGCAAGGGAUCCCAGGUUUUGGGAGAUGCCAGAAAAAGAACGUAAAAUCAAGAUUGACAAAAGAUUCCAUGCUAUGUUCCAUGACAAGAAGUUUAAGCUGAAAUACACAGUGGAUAAAAGAGGUCGCCCUGUUAACUAUACUUCUACAGAGGACCUCAAGAAAUUUUAUGCCCUGUCGGAAUCUGACUCGGAUCUUUCAGGAAGUGAUAGUAAAGAACAAACUGAAAAGGAAAAAAAGAAAAAAAAAAUUAAACCCAAAGGAGAAGCAGAUUCUGCAAAACUGCUUUUAUGCAAAGGGGAAAGCAAGCAAGGAGAUGCAGGAGGAAGACCAGUUUCAGUUCAAAACAAGCGAAAGCCUUCACAACCAAGUAGUGCUAAAUCCAUUAAAGUUCCCAGGAGGGAUGGUUCUCUAGGAGGAAAAGUAAAAGAAUCAGGUGCUUAUGGACAAGGUGACAUCAGUAAAAGCCAAUUAGAGAAAGAAGUUUCUACAAGUGAUGAUUUUGAGGAUGCAGAAUCAGAAGAAGAUGAGGCAGAAGAUGAUGGGGAAACGGAUGAGGAAGAGGAGCCAGGAGAUGAUGGAGAAGAAGACAGUGAUUCGGAAGAUGAUGAAGAAAGUGAUGUUGGGCCUGAUCUAGCUAGAGGCAUAGGGAACAUUGAAACAAGCUCAGAGGAUGAUGAGGAUUUAAAUGAAAUAUUUCCAAAGGAGCCAGAGAUAGAGCAUUCAUGGCGCGAGCUAGAUAAAGAUGCCCCUCGUGGAGAUGAGAUUACAAGUAGAUUGGCAGUUUGUAAUAUGGAUUGGGAUAGGUUGAAGGCUAAGGAUUUGCUGGCUCUGUUUAAUUCUUUCAUGCCCAAAGGAGGAACGAUAUAUUCAGUUAAGAUUUAUCCUUCGGAGUUUGGAAAAGAGAGAUUGAAAGAGGAAGAACGAAAAGGACCUGUGGAACUAUUUGAUCUUCCAGAGAAUACCACUGAGAAUGAUGGGAUUUAUAGGGAAAAACUGAGAGAGUAUCAAUUUAAACGACUGAAAUACUUCUAUGCAGUUGUAGAAUGUGAUUCUCCUGAAACGGCCAAUAAAAUUUAUGAGGAAUGCGAUGGAUUGGAAUUUGAAAGUAGCUGUUCUUUUAUCGACCUGAGAUUUAUUCCAGAUAAUGUUACAUUUGAUGAUCAGCCAAAAGAUGUGGCCUCAGAAGUGAACGUAGCUGCAUAUAAGCCAAAGUACUUCACAUCUGCUGCUAUGGGAACAUCAAAGGUAGAUAUCACGUGGGAUGAGACAGAUCACGAACGAGUAACAUCACUUAGCAGAACUUUUAAUAAAGAGGAACUUCUUGACAUGGAUUUUCAAGCUUAUUUGGCUUCCUCUAGUGAAGAAGAGGAAGAAGAGCAGCAAGGUGGUGAUGUAGCUCACGAAAUGGAAGAUGACAAACCCAGGAAAAGCAAAAAAGAUGAUGAAGAACAAAUUGCCAAAUAUAGACAACUUUUGCAAAGUAUCCAAGAAAAAGAGAAAAAACAGGAAGAAAAGGAUAUAGGAAUGGAGAUUAAAUGGGUUCCAGGCCUCAAAGAGUCUGCUGAAGAAAUGGUCAAAAACAGGUUGGAAGGAAAGGAUAACCUAACUCCAUGGCAAAAAUAUCUAGAGAAAAAGAAAGAAAAAAGACUUCUUAAAAAAAAGAGAAAGGCUACUGCUGAGAGAGAACAGAGUGAAGAUGAACUUCCAUCUGAUGUUGAUCUCAAUGACCCAUAUUUUGCUGAAGAACUUGAGAAAACAGGUUUAAAGAAGAAGCCAGAAUCGGUUGCAAGUACCUCAGAAGAUGAAGAUGAAGUUGAAAAACAGAAGGCUGAAAUGGCCCUGCUGAUGAUGGAUGAUGAGGAUGACAAGAGAAAACAUUUUAAUUAUAAAAAGAUUGUAGAACAGCAGAAUUUGAGCAAGAAGAAAAAGAAACGUUUAAUGAAAAAGAAGGAAUUACUAGAAGAUGACUUCCAGGUAAAUGUUGCUGAUACAAGAUUCCAAGCCAUGUUUACUUCUCCCCUGUUUAAUUUGGAUCCUUCAGAUCCAAAUUUCAAGAAAACAAAAGCCGUAGAAAAGAUCUUGGAAGAGAAAGCUCGUCGAAGAGAAGAAAAGGAACAAGAUCUUAAGGAGGCAAGCAAGGGGCAGGAGAACAAGAUGGCAAAGAAAGGAGGGGUUGCUAAGAGAGCCAUAGAUCCAGCCUUAUCAAUGCUAAUAAAAUCUGUCAAAAAUAAAACUGAAGAGUUUCAGGCAAGGAAAAAACAGAAAUUCAAGUAACUGAACUUUGGUUUUACUCAGACUUUACUUUGGUCUCAGUUCUUCUAACUGGCAACAUCUAUUAAAGUUACUACAGCCUGCUCUGAUUCCUUUCCACCUAAAAUGUACUGAAAAGUCACUUAAUUAUGGUGAUGAGUUUUGAAGUAACUGGAGUAAUAAUAAUUUUUCUACCACAUCAAAUACUGUUUUGUACUGUUGUUGAAAAACUACUCCUUCAAUACGCAUAAGUAAGGAAUUGCUGGUUUGGGGAGGGUUCAUUUUGUAUCAUGUCAUCUCUUAAAGGUAAUAGAAGUGCUGAAAAUGGCUACAAAAAGUAGUCAUAAUUAUGGUUCUAUUUAUAAGUAAGAAAAACAGUUCUGCAGAUUUUUAUUGCUGAGACUAAGAGGUCUUAAUAUUUUUACAAAAGUCUGUAAAACAUAUCUGUGUUGAUAAAGAAGUUGUAAUAAAACUAAAAAUUGAGUAAAUUUUGUAUACAGUUUUUUUGUAUACUUUUAAAAGAUUACAUACAUGUUUCAUUAAUUUCUUCUCUAAAUACUUGAAGACUUCCUGGAUAGUAUAACUAAUUAAUGGAAAUACUGCCAUUUAGAAGUGUUUUAUUAAUAUAUAUUGGAAAUAAAUGGUUCAGAUUGGCCUGAGGGAAUUUUGGGCACUUAGCUCUGUUUUCUUCUUCUGUGCCUGAAUGAAACCAUGUCAAAAUUAAACUUUUCACUCUUAAUAUUGCAUUCCCAUUAACAUAUUUACACUUAUACAAAGUCUUCCAGCAUUGCAAGUGUUAAAAAUAAAGAAAGAAAGAAAAAGUCAAAGGCAGAUCUAGAUAAUAUAGAAUCCCUGUUGUCUGUAUUGGUGCCGGUGAUGAAGGUAACAAUGGUGCAGGAAAAGUACAGUAGGUAGAAAAUUAUCUUCCUUCCUGAUAUGUUGGGAUUGAUUUGUCUUAAGGUCUGGUGUGAUUUUUUUAAGAGUUUGCUGUAUCAGCUCUGAUGGAAAUACAACACUGUAGAAAAAAAAAAAAAGAAAACUGUAGAAAC